UUCAGUCCGUAUUUAUAUCGUUACGAAAUGGUACUAAGAAAUUUGCUUCCAGUUUUAAUCUUUCUGGUUGGGGUGAGUCUGUCUCCAGUUCCCACUCCAGGUUAUGAAAAAACUGGGUGUGUUAAAUGUCAUCCUAUUGAUGAUACAAAAAUUAAUGUCCACUUAAUUCCACAUUCACAUGAUGACGUUGGUUGGCUCAAAACUGUAGACGAGUACUAUUAUGGAUUAAAUUCCAGUAUUCAAAGGGCUUCUGUUCAAAAUACGUUGAGUUCAGUUGUUCAAGCCUUGCUGAAAAACUCCGACCGAAGAUAUAUUCAGGUAGAAACAGCAUUUUUCUGGAAAUGGUGGAAAGAUCAGAACGAGGAACAGAGAAAACAAUAUCGGAGUCUUGUAGACAAUGGCCAAUUGGAAAUGGUAAAUGGCGCUUGGUCUAUGAACGACGAAGCUUGUUCCAACUAUCAAUCGACUAUAGAUCAAUUUACCUGGGGUCUGAGAAUCAUUGAUGAUAUACUGGGAAAAUGUGGUAGACCGACAAUCGGGUGGCAGAUAGAUCCUUUUGGGCACAGCAGAGAGCAAGCAUCACUUUUGUCUCAAAUGGGUUAUGAUGGGGUGUUUUUCGCUAGAUUAGACCAUGAUGAUUUGGAUCAGAGAAAGAAAGAUAGACGUCUAGACUUUGUCUGGCAAGGAAGCGACAAUUUGGACAAUAGCACAAUUUAUGGUGGCAUUUUUGCAACAGAUCUAUACAAUUCACCACCAGGUUACUGUUGGGAUAUUGAAUGUAAAGAUGACGUUAUUGUGGAUGAUCCAAAAAGUCCCAACUAUAAUCUUGAGGGAAAGGUUAGUGAUUUUCUUGAAGUAGUGAAGAACUUCUCAAAUUACUUCUCCACUAAUAAUAUUUUCAUUCCCAUGGGUGGAGACUUUCAAUAUCAAGCAGCCGAGACAAAUUAUAUAAACAUGGAUAGAUUCAUUAAAGGUUUCGCUAAUCACAAGGAAGUGAACGUUAUUUAUUCCACACCAUCUUGCUACUUGAGGGCUGUGAAUAAGGCCAAACCAACCCUUACAUUGAAAACAGAUGACUUCUUUCCGUAUAGUAAUAGCAACCAUUCAUUUUGGGCAGGAUAUUUCACUUCCAGGCCCAACUCGAAAAGAUUUGAAAGGAUUGGACAUAACAUACUGCAGGCUAGCAAGCAACUUUACGCCUUGGGGUCUCUGCAUAGCAGUGUGAGUUACGCAGGCAAUUUGAUAUAUUUGAAAGAAGUAAUGGGCGUUAUGCAGCAUCAUGAUGCUAUAACUGGUACAGAACAACAACAUGUUGCCAAUGAUUAUGUAAGGAUGUUGACAGCCAGUAUUGAGGAAGCUGAGAAACCUUUGGGAGAUAUUGUAGGACAACUACUCAACCUUGAUGAACGUUUGAAUCUUUCAUCUUGUUUGUUGUCGAACAUCAGUAUCUGCAAAGUGUCUCAGGACUCUGAUCAAUUUGUCGUCGUGGUGUACAAUCCAUUGGCAUGGAACGUCACGCACUACGUAAGACUUCCAAUGGACGAUAGAACUUUCGAAAUCAGAGGGCCCAAUGGGAUAGAAGUUUUCGAUUUAGUGCCAUCUCUAAGCAAAUUUGAAUAUGUCAAAAUUCAUGGAGCUAAACCAGCUCCAUAUGAUUUGGUGUUUGCUGCUAAAGACAUUCCCCCAAUGGGUUUGAAGCUUUAUCACGUUACCAAAAAAGACAUGAAAAAUUCGAGGAAUCCGAAUCAACCAGAUGUCAAAAAAUUCUCUGCCUUCAGCGUCAAUCCAAAAACGAACCUCCUCGAAUCUGUCACAUUAAAUGGAAAGACUCUGGGAAUCACACAAAAUUUUAAUUGCUAUCACAGCGACUACAUGUAUGAUGACAGUGUCUUGACAGGUUCUGGAGCAUACUUGUUUGUACCGAAUGAUACACGUUCCUUUCCUUUGGGCGAUGUUUCAGUGGUACGAUCAUUUUCCGGAAACCAUGUCGAAGAAAUCCAUCAAAUGUGGAAAAGUGAAGUGGUAGACAUUCAUCAAAGCAUCAGAUGGUAUAAGAACGAAGAGUACAUAGAAUUAGACUGGAUAAUAGGAAAUAUCAAAGUGUAAGUAUAUUCAUUAUAA